CCCGCCCACUAAAAUUUGGCGGGUUUUUAAAAUGGCAGGUAGGAUUCCAUUAGGGCUCAGUAAUGCUGAUAAUAGGCCUAAGAGUGGCUUUGGAAAGAAGGCGAGGAGCGUCAUACCUCCUACAAUGGACAGGGCGAGUCUGGUUGAGUCUCUGAGGGCAGUAAACAGCUUAUCCUGUCCAUCAACACAGACCAGAAUAACUGAGGAAGACAUUUUGAAACCUUCUGCUGAUAGAGUACAACUCAUUUAUUUGAUGUUGCUCAAUGUCGUCUUUGGAGCCGCACCCAGUACGUUCUCUCAGGUCCCAUUUCAAGGUAUCCCGACAGAUUAUCCAGAACUAUAUGAAGAGCAUCAUUUUAGAGUCAAUUUUCUUCGAUCAUUGCAGAGAUUAAUGAAUGUCUGUCUUUUAACUGAUAAUGAUUUCAGUCCGAGAGACAUUUUGGAACCAUCUCCGAAAAGAUUACAGAAACAUUUGAGUGCUGUUGUCAAUUAUGUCAAAUUUUUUAACUUUGCUGAGCAAAUUAGUAACACUGAAGGGAAAAGGAAAGAAAUUGAAGAGUUGAAUGAGAAGCUAAAGGCCUCAGUGACCAGCAUAACUGAUAUCCAAAGAGAAAUAGCUGAAUUAGAAGAAAGUAAGGAGGCAAGAAAAGAAGUUGAAGAUGCAAGGAAGCAUCAAAUUGCUGAGCAAGAGCACGAACUUCGAGAUCUCAAGACUCACAUGUCAAAUUUAGAGUCUAGGUUAAAAUUGGCAGAAGAAUCUCAAGAAAGAAGCAAAAAAGCUCAUUCGACUGCUGAAGAAGAUUUGAAGCGAUCAGAUGACAGAAUCAAUGAUCUCAAAAUGCAAGUGGUCACGUCGCCCCAAGAGCUCUAUCAGAGUGUUGAUGAGGUACGUAAAGAUCUUGAAGAUAAGAGGAACGUGAGAGAUGAGACCAUCGGUAAUGCCACCAUGUGGGAGACAUUGGCUAAGAAAGCAUCUGAUGUAACACCAUCUGUGGAUGAUACUAUUGGAGAAAUAGAUGAACUGUCACAUCUGGUUGAGAAGACAAUUCAGCUUGAUAAUGAUUUAAAGAGAUUAAUGGACUCUAAAAGAAAGCUAACCCAAGAACUUAAAUCAAAGAUAUCGAGGGACCAGAACCUGUCUGGUCAAGUCAAAAAGAUUGAUGAAGAGAUUAAUGGUUUAUCACAAUACAAACGUACUCUCUCUUCCACUGAUGGGGACUCAGAGCAGCAAAAGGAGAUAGAGUCUUUUGAGCUUAUUUUAGAGAACAAGAAAGAGAAAGACAAGGAAAUGUUAAUGGAGCUUGAAGAAACAAAACAAAAACAUUCUAAAAGGAUCAAAGCUUUCGAAAAACUAGAGACUCAAGUCACUAAUGAAAUCACAUUAAUGAAGGAAACAUAUCACACUUAUCAGAGGAGACUGGAAAAAGUGAACAAGCCAUUGAACUCAAUAAAGAAAUCUCUUUAAAAUACACACGCACACACAUCUAUAGAUUACAUUAUUAUUGUCAGAUUUUGAUUAAUGAAAACCAUUAAUACAGUA